AUGGCACCUGCAAGCGUAUCGAACGCACACUCAAGCGCUCAAGAAACUGUUUUAGUAAAAAAUAAGGCUGGAUUGUUCAUCCCUUGUCGUGCUAUAUUAGACUCAGCUUCACAACUUAAUUUUGCUACAAAAAGGUUGUCCAACCAACUACAGGUGAAUAAAUCGAAAUUCCCAAUAGCAGUUUCGGGAAUUGGUGACUCAGGUAUAACAGUUGAUUACACCAUCGAUGUUACCUUUAAAUCUAUCCACAGCGAUUACACGAACACUAUUACGGCAUCUGUUAUUCCAAUCAUUACUGAACGGCAGCCAAACACAACUUUCAGCACCUCGCAAUGGAAAAUACCUGAUAAUAUCAAAUUUGCCGAUCCGUCAUUCAAUACUUCUCGUCGAAUUGACCUCUUAAUUGGAGCCAGCAUAUUUUUUGAUUUGUUGUGUGUUGGCCAAUUACGUCUUAAGGAACCAACAUACAUUUUGCAAAAGACACGUCUUGGCUGGAUCGUCUCUGGUGGUAAACAAGGCUCCAUCAUGAACUCGUUGUGUGCAGUGGCAUCAAAGCUCGUCGAAGGAAACGAACCGCAUGAAUCUCUUGAUCAACUGGUGCGCGGUUUUUGGGAGACGGAAAAUUGUCUGGAAGGAACUACGAAGGUAACGAAAGAAGAAUUUAAUUGUGAAAUGCACUUCCAGGCAAACUAUUGUCGUUUGGGUACUGGUGAGUAUUCAGUCCGCCUUGCGACGACUGAUCUCUCUGGAACGACGUCUGCAACGACACGACAACGUUAG